AUGUCCGAAAAAUGCGCCGGAAAUUGCGGAAAAAAUGUGUCAGAAAUUGCGGGAAAAUGUGUCGGAGAUUGCGGGAAAAUUGCGUCGGAGAUUGCGGAAAUCCGAGAAAUGUGCCGGGAAUUGCGGAAAAAUGUGUCAGGGAUUGCAGAAAUGUGUCGGGAAUUGUGGAAAAAUGUGUUGGAGAUUGCAGAAAUGCAUUGGAGAUUGCGGAAAAAUGGGCCGGAAAUUGCAGAAAUGCGUCCGGAUGGUGUUGGAAAACCACUACAGGAAUUGGAGUUUGCUGAAGACGUCCGGAAUCCAGGUGUCAGGAACUUGCUCAAGGUGUUAGUAAUGUACUCCAAACGUUGGAAACGCACAAAAGAAAUCAGAGAUUUGCUCAAGGCAUUGGAAACCCCCAAAAGACGUAAGGAACUCAUUCAGGGAGUCGGAGACAUCGGGAAUUCGUUGAAGGCGUUGGGUACUCGCUCAAGGAGUCAGGAAUUCAUUGAAGACAUUGGGGCAUUUGUUCAGGGAGCCGGAAACCCGAAACAGACGUUGACAGAUGUCAGGGAUUCGAUCAAGGCGUCCAAAACCAACAAAGGAUGUUGGGAAUUCAUUGAAGGUAUUGGGAAUUCAUUCAGGGAGUCAAAAGCUCCCAACAGACGUCGGGAAUUCAUGCAGGGCAUUGCAAACACCAAGACAGACUUUGGCAAUCUGCUCAGGGCGUCGGAAACCCGCAAUAGAUGGCGGGACUUUGAUUAA